CCCUCUGAGAAAACAUGGUGGCCACAUCUCCUCCCUUUACGUCACGUUUUGAAUCUGCUUUUAAAUGGAGAAAUGCCCCAACAAAACUCUCAUUCUUCUUUCAACCAAACUGUACAAGAACAUGGGAACUACUCGCAAGUGGUUCAGAACAAUCCGAAGAAAGUUAGUCAGAUCAUCCAACAGAGAUAUCAUCGUCGUCUACACCAACACCACCCCGAGCACGCACGAAGAAUCGUCCAGGUACGAAGAGCUCGAAGACAUCACUUCAUCAUCUUCGUCGUUCGAAAAGAGAAUUUUCACCAAGGAAAACAUCGCAGCCAUCAGGCUCCAAGCCUUUUUCCGGGGGCACCUUGUUUGUGAUGAUUUGAACAAUUUGACAGGCCAGGCAAGCGUUUCGAGCACUGAGGAGCCUGGUGAAGCUGCAGGCGUUGGUUCGUGGAGUGUGUGCGCGGAAACAGGCACGUAUAGCUCUGCAUUGCAUGGACUCAAUCGUCCGGUUGCAGGUCAAGGUUCGCGCACGGCAGCUACUCAGCGUGUCUAGCAAUGACAGAUCCAUCGAAGUUAACCGUUGUUUGCUGAACAAGUCUAGUAAUGUAUGAUUUUACGAAUUUGUAACAAAGAUUUUGGAAGUCAAAGAAUUUCGUGGUAAUGACUGUAAUUCAAGUUUAAACUCAGGAAAAAAUCUUCUGCUGUAUACAUCGUUUCACCAACUUUUCCGGCUAACCGGGAAGAUAAGUGGCCUGUAAAGUUCUUGCAGUUCAAUGUCGAAAAUAAAUAUUCACACUGAGAAUGCAUUCGCUGGGAAUCAACGACAACACAGUAAGGUGUGGUUCAAACAAAAGAUUUAAUACAUAACUAUAGGGUAGUGAACAUUACCGGUCCAUGACGGGCUCAUUAGUAAUUACCGCUAACCAGCCGGCCUAAAUUAGACGAUGAAAAACUGAGUCUCUGAAGAGAAGACCACCAGGAAAACACAAACAAACUACAAUAAAAACAACUGUGAGUGCUCGGAAAAACUGUACAAUGCAAAAAGUAUGUGCAAUGGAAAUGGUCCACAUGCAAGAUCAGAUUUCUCUCAACUGUGCUCAGUGAUUGCCCCAUCUAA